AUGUCAGGUUCGUCGGGUAGUGCUCGAGUUCCUCGAGCUGCCCCUAACAUGAGAGUUUCGGUUAUUCCGAGAACAAGAAGAACAAAUGUGAACGAUUUGAUUUUUCGAACUUCUCCCGGACCAGAUCAGACCAUUCCGGAUACUCCUCCCCCAGCCGAUAGUGUGUUUCCUUCUGCGAAUCUUUUUAGUGUAGCUAGACCGGAAGGUCGAACUGCUCAGCCGGGUAACUAUAGACUAGGAGAGCAGGGAGUCAUCACUAGUGGACGUGUCAUCCCAGUUUCCACUGUGCAGCAGAGUCAUUCAUCAAACAAUAGUUCACAAAAUGCAUCAUCACAGCCCAAUCUGAUUACCAUUAGACGGGUAAUGAGAAGAAAGGAUGUUGUAUAUCCACCUGUUCGUAGUAACAUAGCGACGGCUAGAUUAUUAAAGGAAGCUCAACAGAUUGGGGCCUCAGCACCACCGGGGUGUUAUGCUGCACCAAAAGCUGACGAUUUGUUUGAUUGGGCCGCGGUAAUUGAAGGACCACCUGACACUGUCUAUGCUGGAGGAAUUUUCUUUUUCAAUAUUAAUAUGAAGAAUAGUUAUCCAUUCCAUCCUCCAAAAAUUGUAUUCUUAACCAAAAUAUAUCACUGUAACAUAAAUGCCAAAGGAGAAGUCUGUGUCGAUCUUUUGAGAGACAAGUGGAAGUCUACAAUGACUGUAGCUACAGUUUUACAAUCUAUUCUUUCUCUUCUAUAUCAAUGCAAUCCUGAUGAUGCCUUAGUCACUUCUAUCGGCUGUCAAUACAAAGAAGAUCGCGAGCAAUUUGAAAAAACAGCUCGGAUCUGGACUACUCGUUAUGCUUCUUGA